AUGAAAUCAAACUUGUUUAAAGUAACAGUCAUAUCAGACUGCAAACAUAUAAAAUACAGUAUAAUCACUAUACUUAAAUGUGUUAUUUGUCAUACAUUUUUAUUAAAACGAAUACAAAAUGAUGACAUACUUGUAAUUUAUUUUGAAAACUACCUUUUUCAAGUAAUUUUAAGUGAAAUUAAUAAUUUAUGUAAAAGAAUAAUGGUAUUUGAUGAAGUUAUAGUUGAUGGUAGUUAUGUUGAAUUGAGUUAA